AGUGCUAAAACAGAUUGGACAAAAAGCGAAAUCGUUUCGUGGAUCGGAUUUAUUUAUUGCAUAAUAACUAUUUGACUAUACAUUACGCUCCUGCAAUGUGUGAACCAAUAAUGUCGAAUGGUACCAGUAGUGGCCGGACGAUGCGCAAUAUAGAAGAAAUAGAAAUACCUGUUCCAUGGGGUGUCGUUGCAGGUAAAUGGUGGGGUUCCCGAGUAAAACAACCCGUACUGGCGCUUCAUGGCUGGCAGGAUAAUGCCGGUACGUUCGAUCGGCUUUGCCCUUUACUACCUCCAGAGAUACCGAUUUUGGCCAUCGAUCUGCCAGGCCAUGGAAAAUCAUCGCAUUACCCGAAAGGGAUGCAUUAUUUCAUUUUCUGGGAUGGAAUCACACUCAUCCGGCGCAUAGUCAAAUAUCAUGGAUGGACAAAGCUAACUCUGCUGGGACAUUCGUUGGGUGGUGCAUUGAGCUUCAUGUAUGCAGCCAGCUUCCCGGAUGAGGUAGACCGAUUCAUCAGCAUCGAUAUUGCCGGGCCAACUGUUCGAGAUCAUCAUAAGACGGCUGCCAGUACGGGUGAUUGUAUCGACAAGUUUCUACAUUACGAAACGUUACCGGAAUCGAAAAUGCCCUGCUACGGGUACGAAGAAAUGAUCGAUCUCGUUUUAGCGGCUUACGACGGGUCGGUAGACUAUGAUUCUGUCGAAGUACUGAUGCGACGAGGGAUGGCUCUAGCACCGGCACAUUUCAACAAAGAAGGGUAUCACUUUGCCAGGGAUCUUAGACUAAAAGUGGCCCUUUUGGGUAUGUUUUCGAUGGAACAGGUGCUAGCAUAUGCGGAACGCAUAACGUGUAAAGUAUUAAAUAUACGCGCCGAUCCGGGUAUGCAGUUUGAUAAUCCUGAAGUGUACGCUAACGUGAUGGAAGUGUUGAAGCGCACGGCUUCGAAAGUAGUGUAUCAUGAAAUUCCCGGUUCGCAUCAUUUGCAUCUGGUAACGCCCGAUAGAGUAUCGGAGCAAAUAAGUGAAUUUCUGUUACAAUAAAUUUAUAGAACUGGUGGAUGCAAUAGGUUACAAUUGUUAUUAAGCCACACAACACAAAAAAAACGAGCACAUACACAUACAUCAAUCUCCGCUUUUCAAUCAUUCAAGGAAUAGACUUUCGUUUAGAUAAUAGAGUCGUUUUGAACGAUAGCUUCAACAUACUCCUAGAUAGUUUAGUAAUUUUAUUUCAUUCCCAGCACAGUUAAUUAUGUUAAGCUUUCAGCUAUUAUAUGACUUGGAGUAGAGGGUGAUAGGAAUGAUUAUGCUUACGGAAGGAAUGUUUAAGAAACAUUUUUGGUAGCGUAAGAAAUAAAAGAUAAGUUAUAUUUCGAUUGUUUGAUUCCACUUUCCAUUCC